UGUAAAGUGUACAGCAAUUUAAAAAUCUUCUAUCAAAAUGUUUGGUACCAUCAUCGUCACCUUCUUCCUCCUAGGGGUCACACUUGGCAAAGAACUACCAAUCUGCUCUGAAAACGAAGAGUACCAGAACUGCGGCACUGAAUGCCCACAAACCUGUCUGGAAAUCUUUGAACCGAGAGAAUGCUCAGAUGUAUGUGUCCAGGGUUGUUUCUGCAAAGACGGUUAUGUGAGGGCAGGAGAAAGCGGUUCUUGCGUACCAAGGGAGUCUUGUAAAAAUGUACCCAAAUGUGGUUUAAACGAAGUAUACACAGAAUGUGCAACCCUGUGCCCUCUGACUUGCCAGAAUAAGGAGCCAAGGGUGUGUCCAGAUGUUUGUGUGGAAGGAUGUGUGUGUAAAGAUGGAUUCAUCAGAAGCGUCUUUGGAGGUCCUUGCGUCUUGGAAGAUGUUUGCAGCACAUACUCCUUUGAUUAAAUCUGCUUUUAAUUUUUUAUGUUUUUAACAAGAAAUUACGCUUUCAGUAAAUUAUAUUUUCAACUUAA